AUGUUUGUCGACCUGACCCGAAUCGCCGUUGUCGCGACACCCAGGGCUUCAGUGGGGACCAGCAGUGUGGGUUAUGUUGGGAGCGCGGAUCACCACAGACAAAUAGGAAAUCUGGACAGCACCAUGGGGGACCGGCUGGAUGACUAUGAAGAGGAGCUGGAGAUCACUCUAGAACAGGAGGACUAUGAAGACCCGGACGUCCCCGUGUUUCAGGUGGAGGAGCCAGUGGAGCAAGUUCAAAGCCAGGAGGCCCGGUCAGGAGGUCAGCAGAAACUGGGUCAGAAGGAGGAAUUUGGACUUUAUCCUGAGGCCGCCCGCCAGGAGCGCCAGGAGCGGCUGGAAGUAGGGUUCUCUGUGAAAACGCUGCUGGAGAAGUAUACGGCAGAACCCAUCGAUGACUCAUCCGAGGAGUUUGUGAAUUUUGCAGCCAUCUUAGAGCAGAUCCUCAGCCACCGUUUCAAAGCCUGUGCCCCAGCAGGUCCGGUGAGCUGGUUCAGCUCAGACGGGCAGCGGGGCUUCUGGGACUAUAUCCGGUUGGCCUGCAGCAAAGUGCCCAACAAUUGUGUGAGCAGCAUUGAGAACAUGGAAAACAUCAGCACAGCCCGAGCCAAGGGCCGGGCAUGGAUCCGAGUGGCACUGAUGGAGAAGCGAAUGUCGGAAUACAUCACCACAGCUCUGCGGGACACCCGGACCACCAGACGUUUCUAUGACUCGGGAGCCAUCAUGCUUCGGGAGGAAGCCACCGUCCUCACCGGGAUGCUGAUCGGACUGAGCGCCAUAGACUUCAGCUUCUGCCUAAAGGGCGAAGUGCUGGACGGGAAGACCCCCGUGGUCAUCGAUUACACACCCUACCUAAAGUUCACCCAGAGCUAUGACUACCUGACGGACGAGGAGGAGCGGCACAGCGCCGAGAGCAGUACCAGCGAGGACAACUCGCCCGAGCACCCGUACCUGCCGCUCGUCACCGACGAGGACAGCUGGUACAGCAAAUGGCACAAGAUGGAACAGAAGUUCCGCAUCGUCUACGCGCAGAAGCUCUACCGGAGACACAGUUUCAUGAGCACGGAGCCGCUGUCAGCUGAAGCCAGUCUGAGCUCGGACUCCCAGCGCCUGGGAGAGGGCAAACGGGAUGAGGAGCCCUGGGGCCCCAUCGGGAAGGACCCCACGCCCUCCAUGCUGGGCCUCUGCGGCUCCCUGGCCUCCAUCCCCAGCUGCAAGUCCCUGGCGAGCUUCAAAUCCAACGAGUGCCUGGUGAGCGACAGUCCUGAGGGCAGCCCAGCACUGAGCCCCAGCUGA